AAAGAUUUCUGAGGUAGUUAAUCAAUCAAAGAUUAUAAAAAUGUGUGUGGGUUUAAUGAAUGGGAUGCAGUUAAACUUGAUUAUGUGAUUCUUAAUGUAUUAUUACUGCUGAAACAUGAAUGAAAUGAUAAUUUCCGUUAGUCAUUACGAUAAUUAGUCUCGUGAGGGAACUGCAGGAAAUUGUGUAACGGUUUCUGUCUUCCGUAUAUUUUGUUCGUUUUGUUAAAAGCAUUCACUGACAUCCCCAGUGUUCGUUAUUUUGAUAUAUAAAGAGGAACAAAAGCUUAAUUUAAUAUGAAAUAAUAUGAGCCUCAAUACAUUGAGGGGGUGAAAAUCCCGCACGGGAAAUUACGUCCGUCUCCCAUAGCCCAAAAAAUGUACACAUUUGGAGAAAUAUUGAUUGAUUUUCAUAGGAUUACUUAAAAUGUUGUUAUAGAUUAGUCUUAUUUUUAACCAAGAAUAGGCGAUGCGCCAAUUAUGAAGCGCUAAACUCUCUCAUAAUACCCGUUUCAUUCAUACUUGACGCUGGAGGGCGCCCUCGUGCAAAACAAUCCACGAGCGAGAGUCAUAGAAGUAACGUUAUAAUGAUGUUUCAGGCAAUCAAGUACAUAAAGGCAUACUCCGUAGCUGAAUAAGAAGCUGCCAGAAAUGCUUUAACUUGACAAUAAACACACGAUUGAGACAAUAUGUGGUUUAUCUGUGUUUUUCAAGCCAUCUCGGGUAUUUUAAUAAGAAUAAAGUGCAUGUAUAAUGUAAUGGUAAUCGACUUAGCCUUUAUCACUAUAGUAUAAUACAUUUUCUAAUUUAUUUAGUGAUAAGAAGCGUCUUUAGAUCGAAAACAGAAGUUAUUUAAAACACUUUUAAACUGAGUUUUGAGCAAAAACGUAUUAAUCUCAUAAAAUGUUGAUCCUGUGCUAAACUAACAUAGUUGGCACUUUUGCACCAGUUAGCAGCAGCAAUUAUAUUUUACGAAUAACUUAAACAUAAUGAAAUAAUUGACACUAUACUCUCUCUCUCUCUCUCACUUGACGGCGAGAAAGGGCACUUUUCUUUUCUUUUAAAACAGAAACGCAUAGUAAUAGAAACACAUAUUCGUCCAUCCGUGCAUUUGUAUUAUUUUACCUAUUUCUCCCUUUUCCUUGUUUGCAAACAGGUCGUUGCUCCUGCUGUGUGAGUAUUUGACUGACGGGCUGACAGAUUCUCAGUAUCUUAAUUUAACUUACCUUCACUAGAUCAGACCUCAAUUUUAAAACAGCAGAAUAAUUAGCAGAGAUAAAGAACAUGGACAUAAAUUGUGAUGUCAUUCAUCUUCAUUUGUUGCUGUCUUGUUACUUUGUGGUAAAUUAAUAUAAACUUCUGUCUGCCAUCGUGUAUGACUAUUUUAGAUUUUCCAUUUUCAUAAAAUUAGUAGGCAAUAAUAAUUUAUGUUUAAUGACUUUAAAGUUAUUCUAUAGUAGUCAACAUUUGAAAUGGAUAAAAAAAAUUCAUCAAAGAACGCAUUUUGGUUUUAGGUUUUAGGACAACUCUGAUGAAAGGUGUUGAUCCACUUCAAAUGUUGACUAGUGUAUACAUGUCAAUCUAUACAGACCUAUGUAAUAUUUGACUCUUAUAUCAGUGAAUGAUAUACAAGUAAUCACUUUGUUCUGUAAAUCUGCUGUAUCUGUAGUCUUUGCUUGUCAGAUCAUUGCCAGGCUGUUACUGUAAAUAAUUAGUUCUUAAGCGACUUGCCUGGUAAUAAUAAUAACAAUAAUAGUAGUAAUUGCAUCCUCUGUGGUAAGUGAUCUUUUUAAUGACUGUCUGGCACAUAGAUGUAUAAUAAUAAUCUAUAUCAGCUUAUUUACAGCUUGCAAUACCAUCUGUUUUAAGCACUUAGCAUUUGCAUAAUAUUUGUGACUAGCUGAUAAAGAUCUUAACUUAUUUCGUUUACUUAUUAUAUUUUGUCGUCUUUCAGUGUUUUCCUCCCUGCUUCCAACUGUGGCCAUCUGCACCUUCAUUUCAAGAGGUGACAUUGCUGCUUUGAGUGUCUAUAUUUUAAGGGGUUAUCCACAGCUAGAAACAAUGAUUUGUCAGCUUGAAAAAAGUGUGGGGACCUUCAAUUGCGUAAGUAACUUCCUUACACACAAUUUUAGUUCAAGUGAUAUUAAUAGUGUGUUCUUUAUUGUUACCAUUGUUUAGGGAUGCACCGAAAUUUCGGCUGCCGAAAACAUGGUGUUAUAUAGUCUGUACUAGGCAACACUGGUAAAAUGACGCUACCCUCUUGUUCACUAAUCUGCUCCCCUCUAUGCUCUGCUCAGAUGCUGUGAUAAUAAUAGCUUUGUAGGGCUAUACAUUAUUUGGAUAUUUAGUAAAAAAUAAAUUAAAUAAAAUCUGAUUCUGUCGCAUAGAACUGAAUAAAAAUAAUAUAUUGAUAUUCCAUAUUAAUAUAUAUUUUUUGGCAAAUGUUAUUGUGUUGCCUUCAACAAAAGUGUGGUUAUUUUAUUGGCUUGCAUUUUUAAAAUUCAGUAUCAUUAAAAUGAUUGAGUUAAACUAAAAAGUCUUACAAAAUGAUUUUUUAUAUUAUUUAAUAAAAUAAUUAUUAAAAAGCUGUUUUGGUUUUCGGCCAAGUGCAUCCAGAGUUUUUGGUUUCGACCCUUAAUUUUCAUUUCGGUGCAUCCCUACUAUUGUUAUCAUUCUUACUAAUAAUGUGUAUUAUAUUAAUUAUUUAGUAAUUUAUGUAAAUGUUGCUUGCCAGUUUGCAUUUAACAAUAUAACUGACUUUUUUUUCUUUCUGUGUGUGUCUGUCUUCACCUCUCCUGUCCUUUCCUGUCCAUACCUUUAUAUUCUUCACUCAAUACUUUAUCUUGCUUACUGAUUUAAACAAAUGCUUCUUCCAUCCUUUCUCUUCCAAACUGACAACUGGCCUGCACAUCAAAUGCUGCUGCACUGCUUGCUGCUUUGCUUGCUCGCACUAUAAACUGCAAGAUGCAAAUUCAGAUCUGCUACUAACCCCUUAUGCACCUAAGCUUUGCUUGCAAACGCAUCUUUUAAAAAAAGGCCAUACCCCAUGAUUUUUGAUCUAUGAUAAUCUAUGUUUCUCGAUACAAUCUGAUACACUCUUGAUUGCAUACUUAAUACCACAAAGAUUUACACCCAUAUCACACUUUGAAAAAUCAAUCUCAAACCACAGUUCUCAGUGUUGAAACGUUACCAUGCCAAGAAAAGGAAAGAGGAGUGAAUCUCAGAAACAACGCAGAAAGCUACAAUCUUCAUUGGGCACCAAUAACAGUACCAACCCUGUAUCAGGUAUGAAUGAUUCAAUUCCAUACGUUGUGUCUGUUACAGCGUCCCAUUGUCAAACUGACCCUAGAUACAACAUUUACUCCAGAGGCCGCCAGUGUACUUGUAAUUCCUUAAUGUUCCUAGCAGUCCAUAAUGAACGAAAUGAGCUACAGAGUUUCGAUUUAGAUGGCAUUUUACAGAAAGGUGAUGCAGUUUACACUAGUGUCAAACGAUCUCUGCAGAACAAAGGAAAAUUUGUAGGUAAUUUUAAAAUUUUGACGAGCUACCAAACACAAUUGAGACACACUCUCGCUGCUACAACAUCCUGAAACAUCCCCAGAGGUUUGGAUUUCUCAGAGAUAUACCUGCUCUAGGCAACUAUGAAAAUCUUGAGAAUACUCUGCAGUGUCUCAGAGCUGAUGUGAGUGAUGCUUUGCUGUUGUGUGGAGGCUCAUGCAUCGCUGUAUUCAGAGAUCGAUCAGGGAGGUUUGGUUAUUUUGAUUCUCACUGCAGAUCAAUAUAUGGAAUGCCUGCCGAUGAAGGCACAGGUACGGCUGUUUCUUUGACGUUUCAUCAGUUGCCAGAUCUCGUGGAUAGGCUUUUACUAUUGUUUCAAGGGUGUUUCGAUUUGAGAGACCAGGAAGAGUUUGAGCUGCUGCCUCUAUCAUUCAUUAGCAUGAUGACUGAAAGCUGUGUACAUACUGAAGUCUCCCUGAACUGCUGUGAUCUUCAACAUGUGCAACCAUCCAUCUCGUUUGAGAACAAAGCUCUGUCAAACAAUGAACAGUGCACGUCUGCUGAUGUCCUACAACAUGUUCAAUUCCAAGAUCCAGUUCAACAACUAUCUGAGACUGCUGUUAACAGAGCCACAUCAACUGAUGAACAAGACCACUUGACUGAAGUCUUCCUGAACUGCUGUGACCUUGAACAUGAUGUGCAACCAUCAUUCUCAUUUGAGAACAAACCUCUGUCAAAUGAUGAACAGUGCUCGUCUGCUGAUGUCCCACAACAGUAUGUUCAAGUCCAAGGUCCAGUUCAACAACUAUCUGAGACUGCUAUUACCAGAGCCACAUCAACUGAUGAACAAGUUCAAACUACUGUCACUAAGAAUCAAGAUAAAUAUAAAAAUGUACCAUUGAGUGAACUUUCUCAUAACAUACUGUCACAUGAUCAAUUGGCAUUGUCAGCUCCAAAUCACCAGAAUUCACAAUUCACAGUCAAGCAGACAGAAAAACUGAACAAGACUCAAAAGAGAAAGUCAUACUAUAAAAAAUGGCACAAAGAAAUGGUUCAGAGCCAAGGUGUUUAUGACAAAAAACAGACUGUACGUGAAGUCUAUGAUUAUAAAACAAGCAGUGAAUACAGACAAAGACAUAACCAAGCCAUGAUGAACAACUAUUGGAAUAAAAUGACUUAUAGAGAAAAACACAAACAAGCAAUGAAAAACAACUAUAAAAAUAAUGAAAAAUACAGAGGGAAUAAAAAGAGUAAAAUAACCUUAAAUUACAAGAAUGAUGAACAAUACAGGGAGAGACAAAAGAAUUAUAUCAUUCAGAAUUACAGGAAUCGGGAACAAUUCAGGGAGAGACAAAAUAAUUAUAUCAUUCAGAAUUACAGGAAUGAUGAACAAUUCAGGAAGAGACAAAAUAAUUAUAUCAUUCAGAAUUACAGGAACAAUCCUAAAUAUGAGAAAAAGCAUAAGCAAAAUCUUGUUGACAGAUAAUUAAAAGAUCCCAUUUUUAGGCAAAGGAAAAAGGACCAUUACACAAACCGAUGCAAAAAUGAUCCUAAUUUCUAUAAAAAAAGGAAGGACAUUUUUAAACAGCAUUAUCACUGUGAUGCUCAUUUUAGGGCUCGUCAGAGAGAAUAUUAUUUAUUCAAAUCUAAAAACAAAACAUCUGCGCUUAAGAUGCUUCACAAAGUACAUUGUGCAAAAGAGAUACAGUACAAAUACAAAAAAAUGUAUUUGAUGCGCCGGCAGAGAGAAGCAUUACAAGAUAGCCAGCAUGACAUAGUACAAGAUCCAGUCAUGUUAAGAGCCUUAAAUAUCUUCAGAGAUGUUAUAAAACAGGGGCCAACUUAUGUCUGCACAUGCUGUGCCAGAGCGCUCUUCCCCAAUCAAGUGCGUAAUUGUGAAGUGCGUAAAUAUAAACAAAAUCCAACAGUUGCUGCACUUUGCUUGACUGGAAACUAUGUUCACAUCUGCUCUGACUGCCCUGAUCGAUGUGCCUUGGAAGACAUGAAAACAGAAUGGAUCUGUCACAGCUGCCAUACAACACUUUUGAGAGGUGUAAUGCCAGAUAUUGCUGUAGCUAAUAUGCUUCAGUUCACUCCCAUUCCUCCAGAACUGUGUGACUUGAAUAUUCUAGAAAGACAUGUUAUUGCAAAGUACAUUCCCUUUGCAAAAAUUUUAACACUUCCUAAAGGCCAACAGAGAGCUAUAAAAGGAGCUGUAAUUUCUGUCGCAUCUGAAGUGGAAACAACAGUAAAUUGUUUACCCAGACCAAGAAGUGAAUCACAGCUGCUUACAGUGAAACUGAAAAGACGUCUGUGCUACCAAGGUCACUAUCAGUUCCAGACUUUGAACAUGCAUAAGGUCUUGUCUGCUUUAAGAAAACUAAAAGAAAUCCAUUCAGAAUAUAAAGAUAUCAUCAUUAAUGCAGCACUCUCAGAAGAAGAGAUGUUCAAUGAGCAUGAACAGUCCGCAAAUGACAUCAGUGCUCCUGAUGAGGAAAUGGAUAUUGAGAGCAGCAGCCUAAAUGAGAACACUGAAGAACAGAGCAAUGAGAAUGAACACAAUGAUUCAAGUGAUGACCCUGAGAAUACUGCAGAAGAGCAAUCAAGAGGCCUUGCUUUGGAUACAUGUCUUCAGCCCCCAGAUCUUGGUCAGCUGCUGUUGUCUUAUGAUGACGGAAUAUUUUGCAUUGCUCCAGCAGCAAAAAACAGUCCUGUAAGCAUUUUCAAAGUAAAAAAACUUGAAUCCAUGUCGUUCCCUGUGCAGUUCCCUGAUGGGAAAAAUACCUUUGAUGAGCCUGACAGAGCAAAACAUGUUUCCCCCAGCAGAUACUUUAACACAAGGCUAUUCUCUGUUGACAAUCGUUGUGCAAAAGACACAAGCUACAUCUUCUUUGCUCAGUUUGUCACUGAAAUGCACAUGGCCACAUCUAGUAUAUCUAUCCAGCUGAGAAAAGCAAAACCCAUGACCCGUAAUGGACGCAGAAUAAACUCUUCACUGCUGCAAGACAAACAGGAGUUAGAAAAGCUUGUGAAUAAUAAGGAGGCAACACGUUUCAUGCAACCAUUAAGAGGGACUCCAGCGUACUGGGAGAAAACUGUACGUGAGCUUUUCUCGAUGUUAAGACAACUCGGUGUUCCUACAUUUUUCUGUACGUUUAGUGCUGCUGAGAUGAGAUGGCCUGAAGUGAUUACUGCUAUUAAAGCACAACAAGGUGAAACUGUGAACUUUGAUGAAUUAGACUGGUCUGAAAAAUGUGAAAUAUUAAGAAGCAACCCAGUCACAGCCAUGCGGAUGUUUGAAAAACGCGUUGAAGCCUUAAUGAGGGAUCUAAUCAUGUCACCCGCUCGGCCUAUCGGUGAGGUAAUUGACUUUUUUUACAGAGUAGAAUUUCAGUUACGUGGCUCUCCACAUUCACUGCUUAUUUUGGGUGAAAGAUGCUCCAGAGUACGAAAAAGAUCAAGAUCAGGAUGUUUGUGAUUUCGUUGAUAAAUACAUCUCAUGCAAAUUACCAGACCCAAACAAAGACCCAGAACUGCACAGAAUUGUAAGUGAAGUACAGAUGCACAGCCGUAAUCACUCCAAAUCAUGUAGAAAGAACAAGAAGCACUGCAGAUUUGGAUUUCCUAAACCACCCAUUAACAGAACCACGAUAGCCCGCCCCAGACCUCCUCCUGCAGAACAGUCUGAUGAUGAGAAUGGAUCAGAGGAAAGAGAUUAUGCCAGUGUUGCAAAAGAACAGCUACAGAAGGUGUGGGAUCUACUGAAUGACUCAAAACAGAGUUUUGAAACCAUUACACAGCUACUUAAUCAAGUAAACAUAACUUAUGAAGAGUAUGAGAAACAUAUUGAGGCUCUGUCUACAUCAAGUUUAAUAGUUAUGGAGAGACGACCACAGGACUGCUGGGUUAAUGGCUACAAUCCAAUGUUAUUAAGAGCUUGGAAUGCAAACAUGGACAUACAGUUCAUUCUGAACCCCUACAGCUGUAUCAUGUACAUGCUCUCGUACAUUUCAAAAGCUGAACAUGAGAUGAGCGAUUAUCUAAAGAGAGUGAUAAAAGACUCGAGCCAUGAUGACCUGUCUGACCGUGAGUGCAUGAAGCAGGUCAUGAAUGCCUAUUCAAAGAACAGAGAAGUCAGCGCUCAAGAGGCAGUCGCUCGCACAUGCAGUCUGAAAUUGAAAUCUUCAUCACGUUCUGUCAUUUUCAUACCCACUGAUGACAAUGCUGUAAAGAUGAGUUUACCAAUGAAGUACUUGCGGACCAUGGAUGAUGACGUAGAGAAUGUGUGGAUGACAGGAUUGCCAGACAAGUACAAGGCCAGACCUAACAGACCUGAAUUUGAGAACAUGUGCACAGCUGAAUUUGCAAGUGAAUACCGCAUUGUUUAUGGAGGACGGACAAAAGGUAAAAAUGUUUUGCCACUUCAAAACAACAUGGGACACAUACAGAAAAGAACAAGGGGAAAGCCUGCUGUUAUUAGAUUUGCUCGUUUUUCACAGCAGAAAAACCCAGAAAAAUUCUAUGGAACCCUUCUAAAACUUUACCUGCCAUAUCGCAGAGAUGAACAGCUGAAGGCCACAAGAUUCCCUACAUAUGAAUCAUUUCAUGCAUUUGCUUCAGUAAAACUACCAGGCACUGAUGAACUGCAACGUGUGUUCAAUAUUGUAAAUGAAAACCGUGGGAAAUAUGAAAAACAUAGUGAGGCUAUAGAAAAGGCAAUUGAGGAUUUUGAACAGAAUGGUCCAAUUGAAGAUGCAUGGACUACACUGGCACCUGCAAAUGAACUGAUCAGAUUGGAGAGCAUUAUGGAACGCGAACCCACUGAUCCUAAUGAAGUGAAUGAGCAAGAAGACAUUCCUGAAUAUACAGCCCAAACCUCUGUCAGUAACACAGCUAUGCCACUCAUGGAGGCUGCCCAGCUAAAUCAUGCACAGAUUCGCAAAAUGUAUCAGAGCUUGAAUCAAACACAAGCUUCAAUAUUUUAUGCUGUGCGAGACUGGUGUAAAAGAUGUGUUUCUGGUGAAAGUCCACAACCGUUUCUGUAUUUUUUGAAUGGAGGAGCCGGAGUUGGUAAAUCACACGUUAUUAAAUCUAUUCAUACGGAAGCAUCCAAAAUCCUGCGUAGGCUUCCAUGCAUGCGAGAGCAUACUGACAUUUCACAGCCUACUGUUCUUUUAACCGCAUUCACAGGCACUGCAGCCUUUAAUAUCUCAGGAAAAACACUGCACUGUCUUUUGAAGCUCCCAAGAAGCUUGAAGCCUCCUUACCAAGGCCUGGGAAACAGCUUGGAUGAAAUGAGGGCAGACCUUUUUAAUGCACACAUUUUAAUUAUUGAUGAAAUCUCAAUGGUGUCAAAACAGUUGUUUGCAUAUGUGAACUGGAGACUGCAACAGAUAAAAGGAAACCAGAAACCUUUUGGUGGAUUGUCCAUACUCGCUGUUGGCGAUUUCUUCCAGCUGCCUCCUCUUGGAAGAGCAAAACCACUCUGUGUGUACGAGGACCAUAUGCUGGACUUCUGGAAAGAUAAUUUUCAAAUGAUAACACUGACACAGAUAAUGAGGCAGAGAGAUGAUCUCGCAUAUGCUGAGCUUCUCAACCGUCUGAGGGUGAAACAGAAGCACGCAAAACUGACUGAUGCGGAGAAGUGCAUGUUAGAAGCGGUCAUAAGAUCCUCCCCUGAAGAGUGUCCUAUUGAUGCAUUACACAUCUAUGCAACCAAUAAAGAGGUAGACAGUCAUAACACUGAAGCCAUAUCCUCACGCUUUUCAAAUAUCAUUAACGUUGAUGCGCAUGACUACAAAAAAGAUCCACGAACAGGUGAAAUGAAAAGGCAAGCUGUACCAUUAAAAGGAGACAAACGUGAUCUAAUUGACACUCUACAGAUUGCUAUUGGUGCACGAGUGAUGCUUACUAGAAAUAUUGAUGUAGAAGAUGGACUGGUUAAUGGGACUUUUGGCAAUGUGGCAAAAUUAACAGCUCAAACUCGAGGUGGUGUUCCUGUUGUUCAAUUAAUUGGUCUUCAUCUAGAUAAUGUGACUGCUGGACAGAAACAUCGCAACAAAGCACCUGAUGGAGAUGACAAUAUUGUCUAUAUUGAGAGGUCAGAGGAACCACUAAAAAAAAAAGGAACAGUUCGAAGGCAAUUCCCCAUGAAACUUGCUUUUGCAUGCACAAUCCAUAAAGUCCAAGGAAUGACGACUGAUUGUGCUGUCGUAUCUCUGAAGCGCAUAUUUGAAUCAGGCAUGGCAUAUGUUGCACUCAGCAGAACAACAACACUCAGCGGACUGCAUAUUACUGACUUUGAUGAAAAGAAAAUAUUCUGUGAUCCAGAAAUAAGGGCCUCCUUGGAGAACAUGCCUAAAGUAGAUUUUCACAAUAUUCAACCCAUCCUUCAUAUUGUACAGGAUUCAAAAAUGAGUUCAGCUCUUAAAAUCAUUCAUCAUAACACAGAGGGACUGGAGUGUCAUAUGGAUGAUUUGAAAUGCCACCAUGAACUUUUACUGGCUGAUGUUUUGUGUCUCACCGAAACACACCUGUCAGGCUCAGCUGUUCCUGCAUACCUCCAACUGGAUGGGUACACCAUGUACAAACGCAACAGACAUGCAUCCUACACAAACUACGUCCAUUUGGCAAAUAAGAACGGUGGUGGAGUGGCCAUUUAUGUGAAGAACAGCUUUCAAGUUUCUCCUCUGAUGUACAUCCAGAAUGUUACUGACCUGGAAUAUUUGGUUUUGAAGAUAGAAGCCCCCAAACAAGCACUUCUUGCAGUGAUCUACAGACCACCCAGUUAUAAUUUAGCAGGCUUUUUGGCAAACCUGAAUGCCCUCUUGACAUCUCUGGAGAUAAUGGAUUUCAGGCCUGUUAUAGUGUGUGGAGACUUUAAUGAAGAUCAGCUGUCUCACUGCAACAAACCUAUUCUCAAUUUGUUUGAAGAUAAAGGAUACACGCAGCUAAUCAGCACUGGGACAACCGAAAACAACACUCUUCUGGAUCCUGUGUUCAUAAGCGGUGCACACUCAAACGUCAGAGCAGGAGUUCUACAGACAUACUACAGCUAUCAUGAUCCUGUGUAUUGCGUUUUAGAGUAGAUACAUCACAAAAGCUGCACAGAUCUCAUUUAGCACUUCUGUAAAAUAAUGUCAUGAUUUUAAGAAAUAAUGCUGUCAGGGUUCUUCCAUAAAUUUCCAGGAGACGAUCAUAGAAUUUUCAAAAUCUUCAUUUUUAUUCACUGCCCCAUAUUCUGCCCACAACGGUGCAGAAAAAAAUGGGAACUCACUCAUACACAGAAUAACUAACGAAUGUACUAUCAGCACAACUGCGUUCUGGGCCUUAGAUGUUUCUCCAGGGAUCCCUCGCCAGAACUGACUCGGCCAUCGAAAAUUGAACCCUUUUAACAAAUCAGACCAUACCAUAUUAUAAUUACAGGGGGUCUCACAGGAUCCUAAUUCAAAAGUUUAGUACAUCAUAAACAAAAUUAAUAUAAGAUAUACAAAAACUUUAUACACUUAUGAAAUUACAUUCAACAAACCAAUAACAGAAAUAAACUAAAACACAAAAAUAAACUUUGUACAUAACAUCCAAACAAACCCCAAACCCAAACGGUCCCCCAAACUACAUUUCCCAUAAUUCCUAACAAAAGAUAUAAAAGGACAUCAGGAAAUGCCGCGCUCUUUUAAUACCAGGCCUUUACUCCAUGCUGCAGUCAUGGAUCCCGGCGGAACCACGGGUAAGAUAAACAAUUCAAAUAAUUAAAUAAAUUUAAACCCAUUUCUGUGUAGUUGUGAUUUCAUUCAAUCACUAGCGUGCACUCUAGUAAGGAACUGGGUCACUCUUAGUUCUUUUAAUACUAACAUAAAGAGUCAACCUACACCUCUAACACAAAAUAUUUUGGGUAAAUAAAAAAAAACUAAAAUAAAUACACAAAUUAUAAACAAGCAGACAAACAAUAAAAAUAAACCAAUUUAAAUCAAAUGUGUACUAAGUGUGGCCUUGGCCAUCACAAAUGCCAAUACAAAUGCGAAUAAAUUGUGUAUAUAUUAAAGCUUUACAUUUUCUGUCUAUUUCUUAUGUGCAUGUGCAUGUGUGUGUGUGUGUGUGUAUGUGUUAAAUAGGGAAGGUAUGUUUGUGUUUGUGUGUGUGUGUGUGUGUGUGAGUGUGAGUGAGUGUGUUAGAUAAAGAACGAAUGGAGAGUGAAUGUCCUUUCCAAGGAUCGCCACCUUGCCGUGGUGGAAAGGCUUGUGUGUUCCAGUGAUCCCAAGAGUAAGGCAUUCUGGAGCUUUUUAUUCCAGUUUGAUAUGCUUACGGGUGAGGUUCCAGAC